AUGACCAUCAAGAGCUCCGAAGUCCUCCUAGGAAGUGGUAACUACUACCACUGGGAGUAUAACAUGCGCAUGACAUUGGCACGCAAGGGUCUACUGGCGCAUGUUGAGGUUGUGAAGCCCGAGAACAAGGUCACCUAG